AAAUUAAAUAUACGUUUUACUCAACUGCGUUACCCACUCCAGUCAACAGAUGGCGAUGUGGGAAUUAAGGCAAUGCUGCUGGUGUGACGUAUGAUCUAGUGGACGGAACGCUUCUUUCAACAGCAGCAACAACAGUUAGUCAGACACCUGCGUAGCUUGCAAGACAAAAUAGACGAACCAAUAAAGUUAUUUCGACGCUUAAGUGUUUAUUACCACUGUGUUUAAAACCACUCCUGUCGUCUAGUUAGUUAUCCGAUUUCAUAUUUACGGUGUUGUUGUUAUUAGUCAGCUAGCGGGCUGGUUGAGUUAGCAUUAGCCUAGCUAGCUAACAUCCCCGACCAUGCGGUCACUAAACUACUCCCCUGCUAAAGAAGAGAAGGGCUGCUGGACGGAGGAAGAGGAGGCUGUUACAAUACAAAAACAAGUAGAGGGUGAGGCUGUUACAGUGAAAAAAGAAGAGAAAUACGUUUCAGUGAAAGAAGAGGAAGACUCGUUCAGAGUGAAAGAAGAGGAGGAUGUUACAGUAACAGGAGAGAAGGAUGAAUUUUAUGGUGUGAAAGAAGAGGCGGAGGAGAUGACUGUUACAUCCACAAAGGAGGAGGAAACUGGAUAUCUGGGCCCGGUUUCCCAAACGCAUCUUAAGGGGUCCAAUGGUUCUAACGGUGAACGGGCCCUGAUUAACACUAGAGAGAGUGGGGACUAUCGUGGAUCCUCUGGGGAUCCUCAACAACCUCAUGAUGCUGAAGAGGCAGAGAAGAGUCUCUCCAGAUCAAAACACCUCAAGAAACACCUGCGGAGAUCCACAGGGAAGAGAACUCACUGCUGCUCUGACUGUGGGAAGAGAUUUACCUUAUCAGGCAUUAAAAUUCAUCAGAGAACACACACAGGAGAGAAACCUUAUAGCUGUGGUCAAUGUGGGAAGAGUUUUAGUCAAUCUGGAGAUCUGACAGUGCACCAGAGAAUACACACAGGAGAAAAACCUUAUAGCUGUGAUCAAUGUGGGAAGAGUUUUAGUCAAUCUGGAGAUCUGACAGUGCACCAGAGAAUACACACAGGAGAGAAACCCUAUAUUUGUGGUCAAUGUGGGAGGAGUUUUGUUCAAGCAAGCCAUCUGACAGUGCACCAGAGAAUACACACAGGAGAGAAACCUUAUAGCUGUGGUCAAUGUGGGAAGAGUUUUAGUCAAUCUGGAGAUCUGACAGUGCACCAGAGAAUACACACAGGAAAGAAACCCUAUAUUUGUGGUCAAUGUGGGAAGAGUUUUGUUCGGUCUGACCAGCUGACAUUACACCACAGAACACACACAGGAGAGAAACAUUUUAGCUGUGGUCAAUGUGGGAGGAGUUUUACUACAUUUAGCUAUCUGACAGUACACCAGAGAAAACACACAGGAGAGAAACCUUAUAGCUGUGAUCAAUGUGGGAGGAGUUUUACUUCAUCUAGCUAUCUGACAGUACACCAGAAAAAACACACAGGAGAGAAACCUUUUAGCUGUGGUCAAUGCGGGAGGAGUUUUACUACAUCUAGCUAUCUAACAGUACACCAGAGAAAACACACAGGAGAGAAACCUUAUAGCUGUGAUGAAUGUGGGAGGAGUUUUACUACAUCUAGCAAUCUGACAGUACACCAGAGAAAACACACAGGAGAGAAACCUUAUAGCUGUGAUCAAUGUGGGAAGAGAUUUGCUACAUCUGGCCACCUGACUCAACACCAGAGAAUACACACAGGAGGGAAACCUUAUAGCUGUGGUCAAUGUGGGAAGAGUUUUUCAGCAUCUAGCAAUCUGACUAUACACCAGACAACACACACAGGAGAGAAAUCUCAUAGCUGUGACCAGAGAUAAUCUUAAGGAGUUGUUUCAUGAUUUCAAUGAAUUAAUGUCACAAUGUAGAAUGUUUAACAUUGUAGUAGGAGUAUUUUAAUGAUUUCACAAUGUAGAAGCCUAAACGUUUGCCCCCUUAUGAAUUGAUUUCAACAUGGAUAUUAGCCUCGGAAAAUCCAGGCUCUGAAAUGGAAGAGUACUCUUUAUGUGAUUUAACAAAAAUGGACAAAGAAAAGAGUUCAAAUCAAAUGUAUUUAUAUAGCCCUUCUUACAUCAGCUGAUAUCUCAAGGUGCUGUACAGAAACCCAGCCUAAAACUCCAAACAGCAAGCAAUGCAGGUGUAGAAGCACG